CACUGACCGUUGCCGCACCGAGAAUCCCACCAAAACAACUCAAAACCCCAACGGUCACUCCUCCUCCUCUUCCGUCAGCUGCCUUUCACAGACUUCUUUUAAGCUUUUAUACUCCCCGCCCUCAUGCAGUUUUAUUCCCCGCGAUCGAGAGAGAACGGAACAUAGCCAGCCGUGCUGUGCCCGAGACACUGCCAAACCCCGUCGCUCAUACUAGUAGCUGCAGCACCAAGCUAAGCGCCGUCAAUUGCCGCGCGAGUUAAUACUAGAAGGAGAGCAGAGUACUACGUAGGAGAGGGGUCGUUGCCGGGACGAAUCGUGUUGGGUUAAUUUGGGAUAUGGCGAGAGGGGGAGGAGGCCCGGCUGAGGAAGAGGAAGAGGGGGAGAUGGCGGUGAGCGAGACGCUGACGGCGGAGUCGGCCGACGACGAGGAGCGCCGCCGCCGCGGGAGCAGCGGCUCGAGCGCCAGCUCUGAGGCCGCCUCCAGUGAGUCCUACUGCCCGCCCGACGAGUGGCAGCAGGCCGUCGCCAUCAAGACCUGCGUCACCGACGACGCCACGGGCAAGGCCAAGCCGCCGGACGCCAAGGAGAAACUCCCCGGCGCCGAGAAGCACAGAGCCCCAGAGCUGGAGCUGAUGAAGGAGAGGUUCGCGAAGCUGCUGCUGGGCGAGGACAUGUCCGGGAGCGGCAAGGGCGUCUGCACCGCGCUCGCCAUCUCCAACGCCAUCACCAACCUCUGCGCGACGAUAUUCGGGCAGCUGUGGAGGCUGGAGCCGCUGGCCCCGGAGAAGAAGGCGAUGUGGCGGCGGGAGAUGGACUGGCUGCUGUGCGUCAGCGACCAUAUUGUCGAGCUAGUGCCCACAUGGCAGACAUUCCCUGACGGAACCAGGCUUGAGAUCAUGACAAGCAGGCCACGAUCCGAUCUGUACAUCAAUCUGCCGGCACUUCGGAAGCUAGACAACAUGCUCCUUGAAAUCCUGGAGAGUUUCAGAGACACCGAGUUCUGGUACGCCGACCAGGGGAUCUGCGACGGUGCGGCUUCCUUCCGGAAGUCUUCGUUCCACCGCCGCGACGAGAAGUGGUGGCUGCCGGUGCCCCGCGUCUCCCUCGGCGGCCUCGGCGAGGCCACGCGGAGGCAGCUCGAGCACAAGCGGGACUGCGCCAACCAGAUCCUCAAGGCCGCCAUGGCCAUCAACAGCAACGCCCUGGCCGAAAUGGACGUCCCCGAAUCGUACCACGACUCGUUGCCCAAGAACGGGCGUGCGACGCUAGGGGACAUCAUAUACCGCUACAUCACGUCGGAGCAGUUCUCUCCUGACUGCCUCCUGGACUGCCUGGACCUGUCGUCGGAGUACCAGGCCGUGGAGAUCGCCAACCGCGUGGAGGCCUCCAUCUACGUGUGGCGCCGGAGGGGCACCGCAGCCGGCAAGUCGGCGGGCGGCAAGUCGUCGUGGGGCAUGGUCAAGGACAUGAUCAUGGACACGGAGAAGAGAGGCGACCUGCUCGCCGAGCGCGCCGAGGGCCUCCUGAUUUCCCUCAGGCAGAGGUUCCCCGGGCUGACGCAGACCAGCUUGGACAUGAGCAAGAUCCAGUACAACAAGGAUGUGGGGAAGUCGAUCCUGGAGAGCUACUCGAGGGUUCUGGAGAGCCUGGCGUCCAACAUCAUCGCGAGGAUCGACGACCUGCUCCACGUGGACGAGCUGAGCAAGCAGCCGGACCAGGUCCCCGCCGAUGGCAAGUUUAUUGCUCGCAAGGCGGCGGCCAUGGUGGCGCCGGCGCCGGCCUCGGGCACGCCGUACCUCACGGCGUACGCGACGCCGAGCUUCUCGCCGGCGCUGCUGUCCAGCCCGUCCAAGAUCGGGAGGGCGCUGCUGGUCGACAGGCGGUCGCACCACCACAGCAAGAACGGCGUGGAGGUGGUGAAGGGGAUGCUGGCCAGCAGCCGGUUGGCCGCGGAGCUGUGAAUCCUCUGUCCUUGGACUGUCUGUGCAUACCUCGCCUCGUGUAUGUGUGCCUGAUGAUUUUCUUGUCGAACCCUUAGUGUAGCGAGUGAGUACCGGAGGGCGGUUCGUUUUUGCCGUUUGCCGCCCGCGGCGUGUAAUGGCGGCUUUGGCACCUGGCAGUGCCUAAGCAUAGUUGUCGCGAGUGUUUUAAUUCGAUGUUCAUCGGAUGAGACGAAAAUGCCGUAUUUCUGCAAA